AUGACUGAUGUUUAUUUACCGGACUUAUAUCAAAAAUAUGGAGAUAUCUGUGAAUUCAGAUUGGGUGGUUAUAGAAGAAUAUUACUUACUAAUACAGAUUAUUUCGAUGAUUUAUUAUCACCAUCAAAGAAUUUAGCUUUAUUUACAAAAAAUGAAUAUACAUCAGCUCUAGAUAUGAUUGGAAAUUUUGGACGAGGAAUGUUUCUUAAUAAUAAUUAUGAAACUUGGAAGAUCAAUAAAUCUUUUCUUUUACAAUCCAUUUCAACUCCGGAUUUCAAUAAAGAAGCUAUAAAAAAUACAAAUGAAUUAUUUAAAGAGUUGGAUGUAUACUGGAAUUUGCUUAGAAAAUCUCAACCUUCUAAUGAUGAUUGGCUUGAAAUUGACUUUUUACCAUGGGUGAAUAGGUUUAUGACUGAUAAUACUUCAAUUAUAGCAACUGGUGAACAAGGUUGCUCAAUGAAAUCAUAUUAUAAUACAUUCAACUCAGAUAAAUCUAAACAUGAAACUUCUUUUUUCGAUGAUCCUGAAUUAUAUGAUUCUGAUAAAUUCGCCAAAUCGAUCCUGGAUUAUAAGAAAGGAUUAAUGUUUUUUUAUUUUAAUCAUCCACUCUUGAUACGUUAUGUAUCAUUUUUUAAGGAUAAGGCAAAUAGUUUCCUUAAAAGUAGAGAUUACAUAAUGAAGACAUUGAAUAAUAUGAUUGAAAGGAGAAAAUUUGAUUUUGCAAAUACACCUCAGAAACUAAAGUCGAAACAUGAUCUGUUAACUCUUCUUAUCACUCCAAAUAAUGAUGCAAAAAGUAAGGUUACAGAGUCUUUAACGGAUGAAGAUAUUAGAGCACUUUUAUUAGACGUUUUUCUCGCUGGAUCUGAUACGACCUCAAACACAUUGUGUUGCAUGAUUUACUAUAUUUGUCGUAAUCCACAUGUAAAACAAAAAUUAUUUGAUGAAAUUGACUCAGUUUUUCCUAAUUAUUCUUCCGAUACCUUAUUUAUAACUGUUGAUUAUCUUAAAAAACUUAAGUAUUGUGAAGCAAUAAUCAAAGAAACCAGUCGUAUGGUACCAGCAUUACCAGUAUUAAAAAGAGUUGCAAGUGCAGAAUGCGAAGUUGCUGGAUAUAAAUGGCCAGCCAAAACCAUAUUUCAAAUAAAUUCGGCUAGUAUUCAUAUGAAUGAGAAGUAUUGGACAAAUCCUACAGCUUUUAAUCCGGAAAGGUUUUAUUUACAAAAUGAUUCAGAUGAAUUUAAUGAUGAUUUAAGCAAAUUUGAAAAGGAGAAUAAAAAUCCUAUUCAUGAUAAAGAUAAAUAUUCGUUAAUUAUAUUUGGUGGUGGUAUAAGAAUUUGUCCUGGAAAAAAGUUAGCGAUGCUUAAUAUGUUAACUUUUAUGACAUUGUUGUUUAAAAAUUAUGAUGUAGAAUUAAUUGAUAUGGAAGCUCCCUUAAAAACCCAUACAGGAUUCAUUACUAUUUGUCUAGAGUUAAAAAUCAAAAUUAAACCUAGAAAAUCAUUAUAA